UCAGCCAAAAAAGUAACCCAAUGGUUACUUUUUCCUCUGAAACUCAUUAAUGUAUCCGUUGCCAGACCUAAGUACCUCUUUACCCUUUUAUUUUCUUUCGCAUCUUCUCCUCUGGCCAUAGCGACGAGAACCUCCAGAGCUGCGCAUUCUUUUGUCCAGAUCGAGCUGCCAUACUUUUGUCCAGGUCAAUGAUUUCCUCCUCGACUGCGCCCUAGUUUCUGCCUUCCAGAUCCACAAAUUCUUGCUUGGGUUCUCCAUUUUCAUCUAAAGAUUAUGAAGUGUAAUGUUGAAAAGGAAGUGUCUUUUAUGUGAUAAUGGUAGCAUUGUAAAAGAAAAAUCAAAACGAUCUCAUAGUUGGCCACUUCUUCAUUUGGGUGUUGUUUCUUCUUUCUGCCCGUCUUUGAGCGAGAUGAGUAGCAACAUACCUGAUAUGACAGACUCAUAUGAGUCUCGACGGGCAAAUUGGUCAGAUCGUGAGGUCAUAAGUUUUCUUGAGGUGUGUACAAAGGAAUCAUUGCAAAUGCAUCGCAAAAACCAAUCAUUUAGUAGUGAGGGCUGGAAAGUAAUUGAAAAAGAAAUCUCAAAAAUGAGGAUGUCAUACUCUGUCAAGCAACUCCAAAAUAAAUUGAACCUAUUGGCUCGCCAAUAUACUACAUGGGACAAGUUAGUUCGCAAGGAGACUGGUAUAGGCUGGAAUCCAGAAACAAACACUUUUGCGGCCGAUGACGAGUGGUGGGCUCGAAAGACAAUGGAAAACAAAGAAAUUGCAAAAUUUAAAACAGUUGGCCUUGAUAUGAACAUGUGGAACUUGUUGUGGUUGAUAUUCCGUGGACAUGCAACUAAAGGACAACAUGCAUGUUUUGCAGCUAACAUUUUGGCAGAAGAAGAUGAUGUCUACAUAACAGAACAAGCCACACAAAAUAUCCCCGAAGUGAGACUGUUUAGUGAGUCUGAUUUCAUGACUUAUUUAAAUAAUGUUAAGGAAACUGGAUUUCUUGAUGAUGUUCCAUGUGAGCCAAUUGGGAUGUCAUUAGAUGCGACUGACAGUAGUGGUAAGAGGAAGCACGUUUUCAACAAGAAGCAUUCAUCGUUGCGUAGUUGCAUUGAGCGAACAUUUGGUGUUUGGAAGGCAAGGUGGCGUAUCCUUCGAUUCAUGCCUUCUUAUCCUUUUAAGGUGCAGGUCAAAAUUAUCUUAGCAACCAUGGCACUACAUAAUUUCAUCCGCCGAUAUUCCAAUGACGAUCCCGCCUUUCUUUGUUUUGAGACAAAUCUUGAUUUUGUUCCGGAAGAUCGCAUUACUCCACCAACACAAGAACCAACCGAAAGGUCUUCAAAUGAGGUUCGCGGUGUGAGUUCUCAACGUAUGAUUGCAUUGCGAGAAGAAAUUACAGAAAAUUUAACGCGCAAUAUGAGGCAACGUCGUUGAUGGUGUAUAGCGAUUGCAUGUGUUCUAUUAUAUAUUUUCUUCGCUUAACGUAUUUAUGUUUGAAUUUAUAUUUUAAUGAACUCCAAUGAAUACUAAUGUGUAUUUUAUGUCUUAUUUUAUUGUAGUUUAAAUGAAUGUGAGCUUGUUAAUAUACU